AUGACAUUUCUUCUACUCCUUUUCGUCUUUACUUAUUCCAUUUUGCUUCUUGGAGCUCAAGCGGGCAAGUGGAACAAUCAAGCAAGCUCUCUCCUGUCUCCUGAACAUCUUUCGACUUUGGGGGCUAAGGCAGCUGCCUUGCGAGCGAACGCCAGCCAGAACGAGACUUCAAAAUUGAGAGGAGAAACCCUAUCCGCGCACUCUUUGGUGCAACAAUGGGUUCAGAGGCAACACCAGUUGUCUUCCGCAGCAGGCACUAUCCCUCAGUUGGGAGUUAGUGCAGAAUCUGAAUGGGACUACAAAGAACACGGGGCUGACUGGACACAAGGAAAGUGCAAGACAGGCACACGUCAGUCCCCUGUUGAUUUACACAUUGAAGGUUUAGAGGAACCGGAUCAGAAGAACAUGACACAACUGUACUUGAGCGCUUUCUCCGGUGAGCGAGCAGCCUCGAUGCCGGGCAAGCUCUGGAAGAAGGGAGACUUCUUUUACACUUAUCCAAACCAGCUCAGCAACGUCUUGUUGUACAGAACAGAUAAGGUAUUUCAAGUUCGUUCUGCUGGAGAAGGUCUCGUUCCGCUAGGUGCAAUGUUCGGGUCUGACACAACCGAAAUGUUCGUUGCGCACCAGAUUUUGUUUCAUUCUCCCAGUGAGCAUACAUUUCAAGGAGAAGCUAACAGAAGGGAAAUAGAGAUGCAGAUAUGGCACUAUUCGAAUGACCUGCUGUCAAUGGAGGCCAGCAAAAGUGUAAAUUUCGCCUCUCUCCCUUACCUGGCGCUCUUCGCCCAGAGUAGCGUCAACCUGCCAGAAGUUGAACGGUCAAUGGCUGAGAACAGCAAAAGUGGAAAGGACCCUUCUCUUCCGUCUUCUCAUUGGAGAGUUAUUUCUUUGACUUUUAUGAGUGAAGAGCUCGACCAGGCAAGUCUUGAAGAACUGAGAGGACUCCCAUCGGAAAAACUCCUGAGAACGCUGCUAAUGGCCGACGUUUCAAACAAACAAAAACAAGGCGAUUCCCAGCUGCUUGAGCUUCCUCACCCUUUGAACCUGCAGUCCCUCAUGAUGAUGUUACAGCUAACAAAUCAGGAGUUCUUUGCUUACGACGGGAGCCACACUAUGCCUGGAUGUGAAGAGAAUGUAAGGUGGUAUGUCGCGCGUCAGCCUUUGCCUGUCGCUACAGACACCAUGCUGAGGUUCUACAAAAUGCUAAACCCCAAGACUCUUAAGUCGGUUAAAGAAAAAGACGGGAAUUUCCGUGAGCUGCAAAAUGUUGAAGGCAACAUGCACAACGACGGGAAUGUUUUCUUAGUACAGGGGUUUCCUCUACAAGUGCUCAUUGCCGAUAGCUUGGGGUUUACAAACAUGUCAGACCAAGCAGAAGUCAAUGCAAGCACCUUCCAGGGAUGGUUUCAAGAGAGCAAAGCAGUACCUACUCACAUGUGCUUAUCUUUGGUGGCAGUUUCCGUCUCAUUGCUGGCGGGUUUGCUGCUGUGA